GACGACCGGCCACACCGUCAGAGUUCCGCGGGGCAAACGAAAUACGAAUGAUUUUGUUGAAAUUAGCGAGGACGCCGCUUUAUGGAACACUACGAAAACUGAAAAUGAGCAGCUCUGUGGCUGCCAUUGCCUCGGCCACGGAUCCGUUGACUGGGCCCAAGUACGAGCGAGAGCCGAAUGUGCUGCGCAAGAAGCUGGCUUCGGUGGUGCCCGGCACGGUGAGCCUCCAGGUGCUCGGAGCCGGAGCCAAUGGCUCCCCCAGUGCCGUCUAUCUGUUCACGGACCAGUCCCGUUACCUGUUCAACUGCGGCGAAGGCACCCAGCGGCUGGCACACGAGUACAAGACGCGUCUGUCGCGCCUGGAGCAAAUCUUCGUGACGCGCAACACGUGGGCAGCUGUGGGCGGACUGCCUGGCCUGGCGCUAACUAUUCAGGAUGCUGGCGUGCGCAGCGUGGGCCUGCACGGGCCGUCGCAUCUCGCCACCAUGCUGCAGUCGAUGCGGCGCUUCGUUGUGCUCAAGAAUCUGCAGAUGCAAACGGUCGACUGCACCGCUGGCAGCUGCUUUGAGGACUCCAUUCUGAAGGUGACUUCGCUGCCGCUGGAGAGCGUGCAGGAUCCGGAGAAGGUGGUGAUCAACUACAUCUGCCAACUGAAGCCCCGUCCGGGUGCCCUCAACUUGGUCAAGUGUGUGGAGAAGGGCGUGCCGCCGGGUCCGCUUCUGGGGCAGCUAAAGAACGGCCACGACAUCACGCUGCCCGAUGGCAAGACGGUUCGUUCCGUGGAUGUCACGGAGCCCGGCGAAACGGCGCUCUCCUUUGUGUUCCUCGAUGUGCCCAGUGAGGACUACCUUGCCGGACUGCUUACCCAUGCGAAGACCAUCAAAGAUCUGGGCGAACAGCAGCUCACGGAGGUGGCAUUGGUGGUGCACUUUACUCCGCACGAAAUCACCUGCUGUCCGGGCUAUCAGAGCUUUCUGCGUAACAAUUUCUCGCCUGGCACGCAGCACAUUUACCUCAAUUCCCCGCAAAACCAAUUCUCGGGUUACGCGGCUGCCCACCGCAUUCAGCAUCAGCUGCACCAGCUGGCGCCUCAGAUAUUUCCACUCCUCAGGGAGCAGCUGCCCUGCCAGAGUCAGAAUCUUAGCCAGAACCUGAAGAAAACGAAGCUGAAUGAGGCAGACCCCGAUGACGAGGUGGAUGCAAGCACGGAAACGGAACAGGGCGUGGUGUCCAUGACGAGCUUCCACCUGCGUCCCAAGAAGGGUCUCGAUCAAACUCUCGCAGCCAAACUUACGCCAGAGGAGUAUGUGAAGGAGACGCAUGCCGUGCCCGGCUUCACGGAGCUGUUGGCCAAGUUGAAGGCCGAAACCGACUUCACAGCUGUAUCCCCUGACAGCAGCUACCCAAGAAUCAUCUUCCUGGGCACGGGCUCCUGCAUUCCCAACAAGACGCGCAACGUCAGCUCCAUUCUGAUCCAGACUGCGGCGGAGGCUUUCAUGCUGCUCGACUGCGGAGAGGGAACGUACGGGCAGAUUGUGCGGCUCUAUGGCAGCACAAAAGCCGCAGAGGUGCUGCGGCAGCUGCAGGCUGUGUACGUGUCUCACCUGCACGCGGAUCACCACAUUGGACUGAUUGGGUUGCUGAGGGAGCGCCGACAACUGUCCCCGAUGGCUCCGCCGCUUCUGCUGUUAGCUCCCCGGCAGAUCGAGCCAUGGCUGCAGUUCUACCAUCGCCAAAUCGAGGAGAUUGAGGAUGCGUACACUUUGAUGGGCAACGGAGAGCUCUUGGCAAGUCCCCUGACUGGAGAGGCAGUGGAACCGUUGGGCAUAACUGCGAUUGCCACCUGUCUGGUCAGGCACUGCACCAAUUCCUUUGGCGUGAGCCUCACCCUGAAGGCCAAACACGAUGGCGAGCCCAUCAAGAUCACCUACAGCGGCGACACCAUGCCCUGCCUAGACCUCAUCGAGCUGGGACGCAACUCCACCGUUCUCAUUCACGAGGCCACCAUGGAGGACGAUCUGGAGGAGGAGGCGCGCAUCAAGACGCACAGCACCAUCUCCCAGGCCAUCCAGCAGGGACGCAACAUGGGAGCCAAGCACACAAUUCUCACCCAUUUCUCGCAGCGCUACGCCAAGUGCCCGCGCCUGCCCAGUGUGGAGGAUAUGCAACAGGUGGCCAUCGCCUUCGACAACAUGCAGGUGACUGUGGAGGACCUGCAGGACUAUCACAAGCUCUAUCCCCCGCUACUGGCCAUGUAUGCGGAAUAUACCGAGGAGCUGGAGCAGCGGGCGGUCAAGCGAGAGCUGAAGCAGGAGCGAAAACGAAAGUUGGCACAAACGUGAUUGCCAGCAGCCAGCAGCCAGAAGGAGGCAUGUAGUUGCCGGUCUACUGUUUAGCUUAUGU